AAGAAAAUCACUUCCGGGGACGGCGUACGUCACUUCCUCUCGAGUUUAGCUUUGGGUCUGCCGGGACCCACGCGAGUUCAACAUGCGUAUCGAGAAGUGUUAUUUCUGUUCGGGCCCAAUCUACCCUGGCCACGGCAUGAUGUUCGUCCGCAACGACUGCAAGGUGUUCAGAUUUUGUAAAUCUAAAUGUCAUAAAAACUUUAAAAAGAAGCGCAAUCCUCGCAAGGUCAGGUGGACUAAAGCAUUCCGGAAAGCAGCUGGUAAAGAGCUUACAGUGGAUAAUUCAUUUGAAUUUGAGAAACGCAGAAAUGAACCUGUCAAAUACCAGAGAGAACUAUGGAAUAAAACUAUUGAUGCAAUGAAGAGAGUUGAAGAGAUCAAACAGAAACGCCAAGCUAAAUUUAUAAUGAACAGACUGAAGAAAAAUAAAGAGCUACAGAAAGUCCAGGACAUCAAGGAAGUCAAGCAAAACAUCCAUCUUAUCCGAGCCCCUCUUGCAGGCAAAGCAAAGAAGUUGGAAGAGAAAAUGGUACAGCAGUUACAAGAGGAUGUGGACAUGGACGAUGUUUCCUAAAAAUCUUACUGUCUGUAACCAUUUCUAUGUGUACAUUUGAAAAUGUUUUUUAGAGACAGGGCUUAUAAGUUAUUGAUUUAUUUUUUAUAAGGUCACCCAAAUGAAAGGGGAUUAUAAAUAUAUCACCUACAUUGCAGUCUGCAAAAAAUCACAUAGUAUGGAUAUUUGAUUGCAUCUCAGUGUUAAACCUCACUACAGAUGUGCUUACGUAAAUUACGAAAGUUUUGUUUGUAAAGACAGAAGUGAAUUGUGGGCAUACAAUGGUCAUGCCAUUUGGAUUAACGGCCCUGGACGGGUCGUAUUAUAUAAUAACUAAGGACAAAAGUUCUGACCAGUUAUAUGUGAAACUAAAAUUUUCUUUAUAGUAAAAUAAUCCCUUUAUUAAUGUUUUGUAGACGGGAGAUACAGCAAGGAACUAACGAUUUGUGACUAUUAGUUUCCAAUAACAUCUUUUAUUUUGAUCAGUCUUUCCUGUUUUUAGCAUCUUUCAAGACCAUAAUAGCCUUAUAUCAUAAAGCCUAGACUGAACUAUUUUGGCUGGGUUUAACUGGUCAUUUUUUUUUUUU